AUGUCUGGACGCCAGGUGAGUCGAUCCAACACUUACAACCGCUCGAGCCAACCCAGCAAUUCUUCCUUUCCUCCUCGAACUCCAGGCUGGACCCAGCAGUCCAGUGCGAACAAGGGCCUGCUUACCAGUAUCCCAAGCAGCUCCGAGCUCAGCACCUCCAGCGAUCAAACCGGUCAAUCCGAGCAGUCCUUGAACCCUGACUCCCCAAGACUUCCGGUAGGGAGAAUCUGCAUGGGCCGGCCCUACAACUCCAGGUGUGUAGAGACCAGCCAUCUGGUGAGAGGCCCUAAGGUGGUCAAAAAGCCCACUUACCGCAGCAGCAGCCCCCACUGCCUGCUCUGCAUGGACCGUCCAUCAUGCCCCUCCAGCCCUACCUUCCUGGACCAGCUCAUCAGAGGCAUCAGCUACCUGGACAGAUCCACCAACGUUUUCGGCAACAGCAGCUACCCCAAAUCGCUGAGCUUGCCUCAGCUGGCCGCCACCUACCUGGAACGAGCUGCCAACUCACUCUACCUAGAACCAGAACCCGCCCCACCCCGCAGCUACUCUACGCCGAACACUAACACCACCACCGCUACUUCCUACCCAACCAACAGCAGCUUGGUCCCUUCUUCUGCCCCAGCAGCCGCCGAUAGCCUGCAGUGCCUGUAUGGCUGCGCUGGCUUGAGCUCCCCACAAAGGCCUCACAACCAGAGCUUCUCCGCUGAGAUGCCUCAGAGGUCAGGGGUAAAGCUGCCAGAGAUCUCGCUGUUUGGCAAUGGGUUCCUUUCCUUAGGUCGUCUGCCCAAGUUCUGGGAAGCAAUCCGCACUGAAUGGAAUACUCCUGAGCCCACCUCUAAGCCCUCGGGCUGGUGGUAA